AUGUACUUGAUGGCCGUCCUACUUUUAGUAGCAAGUCAACAAAUUUUCAUUCCUAUAUACUCACACACAGCUAGCGUUUCCUUUGAUCUAGCUAAAUCUCUGCAUGCCAAUGCAAUUGCGUGCAGUGACUCCAGUCACGUGAUGCUAUUGAGUCACAUGACACCACUGAGUCAUGACCAGUCGGUCGAAGUUGACAGUUUUUGCCGGAGAAACAUAUCUGUCUUGCGAUAUGCAAUCAUCUUAUGCUACAAAAUGCGCAGUCACCAUUUUAUUUUCAACUUAGUGGUCUCGGUCAUGAACGUGAAAUCAAGAACUGGCGUCUUCUCAUCGAUGUAUGAAAAACGAGCUUAA